GGGCCGGGGAGGCGCGCUCCGGCCGCGCUCGCUCCGCGCUCCCUUUGCUCGCUCGUUCCCUCCUCCCUCGGCAGCCGCGGCGGCAGCAGGAGAAGGCGGCGGCGGCGGCUGGGGAUCAGACAUGGCGGCGGAUCUGAACCUGGAGUGGAUCUCCCUGCCCCGGUCCUGGACUUACGGGAUCACCAGGGGCGGCCGAGUCUUCUUCAUCAACGAGGAGGCCAAGAGCACCACCUGGCUGCACCCCGUCACCGGCGAGGCCGUGGUCACCGGACACCGGCGGCAGAGCACAGAUUUGCCUACUGGCUGGGAAGAAGCAUAUACUUUUGAAGGUGCAAGAUACUAUAUAAACCACAAUGAAAGGAAAGUGACCUGCAAACAUCCAGUCACAGGACAGCCAUCACAGGACAAUUGUAUUUUUGUAGUGAAUGAACAGACUGUUGCAACCAUGACAUCUGAAGAAAAGAAGGAACGACCUAUAAGUAUGAUAAAUGAAGCUUCUAACUAUAACGUGACUUCAGAUUAUGCAGUGCAUCCAAUGAGCCCUGUAGGCAGAACUUCACGAGCUUCAAAAAAAGUUCAUAAUUUUGGAAAGAGGUCAAAUUCAAUUAAAAGGAAUCCUAAUGCACCAGUGGUCAGACGAGGUUGGCUUUAUAAACAGGACAGUACUGGCAUGAAAUUGUGGAAGAAACGCUGGUUUGUGCUUUCUGACCUUUGCCUCUUUUAUUAUAGAGAUGAGAAAGAAGAGGGUAUCCUGGGAAGCAUACUGUUACCUAGUUUUCAAAUAGCUUUGCUUACCUCUGAAGAUCACAUUAAUCGCAAAUAUGCUUUUAAGGCAGCCCAUCCAAACAUGCGGACCUAUUAUUUCUGCACUGAUACAGGAAAGGAAAUGGAGUUGUGGAUGAAAGCCAUGUUAGAUGCUGCCCUGGUACAGACAGAACCUGUGAAAAGAGUGGACAAGAUUACAUCUGAAAAUGCACCAACUAAGGAAAGCAAUAACAUUCCCAACCAUAGAGUUCUAAUUAAACCAGAGAUCCAAAACAAUCAAAAAAACAAGGAAAUGAGCAAAAUUGAAGAAAAAAAGGCAUUAGAAGCUGAAAAAUACGGAUUUCAGAAGGAUGGUCAAGAUAGACCGUUAACAAAAAUUAAUAGUGUAAAGCUGAAUUCUCUGCCAUCUGAAUAUGAGAGUGGGUCAGCAUGCCCUGCUCAAACUGCACACUACAGACCAGUCAACUUGAAUAGUUCAGAGAACAAAAUAGUCAAUGUUAGCCUAGCAGAUCUUAGAGGUGGAAAUCGCCCCAGUACAGGGCCCUUAUACACAGAGGCUGAUCGAGUCAUACAGAGAACAAAUUCAAUGCAGCAGUUGGAACAGUGGAUUAAAAUCCAGAAGGGGAGGGGUCAUGAAGAAGAAACCAGGGGAGUAAUUUCUUACCAAACAUUACCAAGAAAUAUGCCAAGCCACAGAGCCCAGAUUAUGGCCCGCUACCCUGAAGGUUAUAGAACACUCCCAAGAAACAGCAAGACAAGGCCUGAAAGUAUCUGCAGUGUGGCCCCUUCCACUCAUGACAAGACGUUAGGACCCGGAGCGGAGGAGAAACGGAGGUCCAUGAGAGAUGACACAAUGUGGCAGCUCUACGAAUGGCAGCAGCGUCAGUUUUAUAACAAACAGAGCACCCUCCCUCGACACAGUACUUUGAGUAGUCCCAAAACCAUGGUAAAUAUUUCUGACCAGACAAUGCACUCUAUUCCCACAUCACCAUCCCACGGGUCAAUAGCUGCUUAUCAGGGAUACUCCCCUCAACGAACUUACAGAUCGGAAGUGUCUUCACCAAUUCAGAGAGGAGAUAUGACAAUAGACCGCAGACACAGGGCCCAUCACCCUAAGCAUGUCUAUGUGCCUGACAGAAGGUCAGUGCCAGCUGGCCUGACUUUACAGUCUGUUAGUCCCCAGAGCCUCCAAGGGAAAACGCUGUCACAAGAUGAAGGUAGAGGCACAUUAUACAAAUACAGACCUGAAGAAGUAGAUAUUGAUGCCAAGUUAAGCCGCUUAUGUGAACAAGAUAAAGUGGUGCAUGCUCUGGAAGAGAAACUUCAGCAACUCCACAAGGAGAAAUACACGCUUGAGCAAGCUUUGCUGUCAGCCAGCCAAGAGAUAGAAAUGCAUGCAGAUAACCCAGCAGCCAUUCAGACAGUGGUGUUGCAAAGGGAUGAUUUACAAAAUGGACUGCUUAGUACGUGUCGAGAACUUUCUCGAGCCACGGCCGAAUUGGAACGAGCAUGGAGAGAAUAUGAUAAGUUAGAAUACGAUGUAACUGUUACCAGGAACCAGAUGCAAGAGCAGCUAGAUCACCUUGGUGAAGUUCAGACGGAAUCAGCAGGAAUUCAGCGUGCACAGAUUCAGAAAGAACUUUGGCGAAUUCAAGAUGUCAUGGAAGGGCUGAGUAAACACAAGCAGCAAAGAGGUACUACAGAAAUAGGUAUGGUAGGAUCAAAGCCUUUCUCAACAGUUAAGUACAAAAGUGAGGAAGAGGAAGUAGUCCCACCUCGUCCUCCACUUCCUCGGUCCUAUGACUUUACAGAGCAGCCUCCCAUAAUCCCCCCUCUGCCCAGUGAUAGCAGCUCCUUGCUCUGUUAUAGCAGGGGCCCAGUUCAUCUGCCUGAAGAAAAGAAGAUGUAUCAAGUUCAAGGAUAUCCAAGAAAUGGAUCUCACUGUGGUCCAGAUUAUAGACUCUACAAGAGUGAACCAGAGUUAACAACAGUGGCAGAGGUUGAUGAAUCUAAUGGAGAAGAAAAAUCAGAACCUGUUUCAGAGAUAGAAACUUCAGUUGUUAAAGGUUCCCACUUUCCUGUUGGAGUAGUCCCUCCGAGAACAAAAUCACCAACACCCGAAUCUUCGACAAUAGCUUCAUAUGUAACCUUGAGGAAAACUAAGAAGAUGAUGGAUCUAAGAACGGAAAGACCAAGAAGUGCAGUGGAACAGCUGUGUUUGGCUGAAAGUACUCGACCUAGGAUGACGGUGGAAGAGCAAAUGGAAAGAAUAAGAAGACAUCAACAAGCGUGCCUGAGGGAAAAGAAAAAAGGAUUAAAUGUUAUUGGUGCUUCAGACCAGUCACCCUUACAAAGCCCUUCAAAUUUAAGGGAUAAUCCAUUUAGGACUACUCAGACUCGAAGGAAGGAUGAUAACGUUAAGGAACUGGACAUUGUCAUUAGAGAAAAUGAUGUAAAGCCAGACCGUGAAACUCCCACAGCAGAAAUUGUUCAACUAAAAGAAACUGAACCCCAAAAUGUGGACUUCAGCAAAGAGUUAAAAAAAACUGAAAACAUUUCAUAUGAAAUGCUUUUUGAACCUGAGCCAAAUGGAGUAAAUUCUGUGGAAAUGAUGGAUAAAGAAAGAAACAAAGAAAAAAUGCCUGAGGAUGUUACAUUGAGCCCUCAAGAUGAAACACAGAUCACAAAUCAUAAACCAGAAGACCAUCCUGAAGAAAAUACAAAGAACAAUGUUGACGAACAGGAAGAAACUGUUAUUUCUUACGAAUCAACUCCUGAGGUUUCUAGAGGAAAUCAAACAAUGGCAGUGAAAAGUCUGUCCCCAUCUCCUGAGUCCUCGGCGUCGUCAGUUCCGUCCACUCAGCCGCAGCUCACAGAAGGAUCACAUUUCAUGUGUGUGUAGUCCCAGAAGAACUAUACUGACUUCUGUUGAAACCAUUCAAAGCUAAAGACAUGGACCUUCAGCAGUGUAAGAAGAUAUUGUACAGUAUAUUUUAAAUCUAUGAAAUUCAUAGUUCUGAUGCUUUUGGUCACAGAGCAUCAUUUUAUCACUUCUGGAAAAUGUUUAUUCCAAAACAGCUUUAAUGGCCCAUAUGUACACUCCGUAAUCUCAAGGUUAUUAUUCUGACACCAGCUUGCUGCUAUGAUUUCAGAGCACAUAAGUAAAGGUGCUUUUUAAUGUGCAGUCUAUUGCCAGAGCUUACUUAGUUGCUGAUUUCCAGAUUUCGAUGUUUCUGAAGUCUAGGUGAAUUUAUAUAUAUAUAUAUUUUUUUUUUGCUUUUCAUUUUCUUAAGUUAGUUAUUAUUUCCAAUGAAGCUUGUUUUUUCUUUUUUUUUUUUUUUUCUUCCCAUUUUGGCUACUGCAGUGCUUUUGUUUCACACUUGAUUUGUAAAAAUUUUAUAUAUAUAUAUAUAUUUAAAAUGUGCCAUUUUAUUGCUAAGUGAAGUAUGUCCUGUUUUCUGCUCUAAUUCUUUCUCGGUCCGAUUGCAAUGUCAGCAGUUACUGCCACACUCCUGUCAGCUUAAACACAAAUGUUACCGCUUAUCUUUUCUUAAAAAAAAAAAAAAAAAGUGUAGGUAUUUUGAAGUACUGGGCUUAUUUCAUUGGAAUACAUGUGUACAGCAAUAAGCAGGUUUUCAAAUCCAGUACUUAGUUUGUGUACAAAUGUAAUUAUGUUCAUUGUGUAUAUAUUAUACAAUGAGCACAUGUAAUGUAUUAAAGGCUACUUACUAUUGUUUAAAUGCAAAUGUUCAUAUCUCAUUUCUUUUUUAUCAUGUUAAAUAAAUGUUGAUGUUCUUAAA